UCCCUGCUCUGGUCUUUUUUAAGUAGAAUUUUCUUUUAGUCAUUUCAUCAAACACCUUUAAUGCAAAUCACGAGUUGCUUUAAUUUUCACAUAAGAAAAUGCCCUUUUUGUUAGUGGAUUUAAUAUGCCGAUUCACGAUUUAAGCUCUAUGUGUUCAAUCUGUAAGGUUCUAUAUUUCUAAAGUUAUUAGUUAACAUCUUGUUAUUUUAAUGGACCUUUGCACGUAAAUUUAUGCUCCACUAUCAAAAAUGUUGGGUUCAGAAGAACCUUGGUACUAUGUCUUAACUUUGGGGGACAAAGUUACCUGGUAUUUGUUAUUGGUGAGAGGUAGUAGGUAUUUCGUAAAAUUAGUCGAGGUGUGCAUAAGCUGGCCCAUAAGUGUACGCCAACCUGUGGAAUAUGAAGAGGGUAGAGUGUACACCGAGCUGUGGAAUAUGGAGAGGGUAGAGUGUACACCGACUUGUGGGGUAUGGCGAGGGUAGAGUGUACACAAGUUGACUCAUACACCACAAUUAUCAGCAAGAACAACAACAUGGCCCAAUGUAGUCCCACAAAGUGGGGUAUGGGAAGGGUAGAGUGUUCGCCGACCUGUGGGGUAUCGGUAGGGUAGAGUGUACACAUACGUUACCUCUACCUCAUAGGUGAGAUAGAUAUGUUGUUUCCGAUAGACCCCCGGAUCAAGAUAGAAACACACUAGAAAAAGACGUAAUGAGAUAGACAACACGAUUAUCAAAAAAAGGAAAAGAAACAGGUACUACUAUGCUGCAUCCCCUUUUGGGUACAUGAGAUAGAAAUGAGUCAAAGAAUCUGCUCAGCAUUAUUGGAGGUUUCAGCUUUACCUUUUUGGAAAAGAUAAGCUAUGCUAUGCUGUAAUGGCCCAGAAGUGAAACAACAUGGAAAAGUGAAAAAACAUUGUUCUUUUUUCUAUAAACCACACAAUGUUGUUUGUCGAUUUACGUGAAUCCAGUAGCUUUUGCCUAGAUCAUGUAUAUGUUUUAAGAAAUCCACUAAAUAUCUAUAAAUAUUUGAGCCGAGGGUCUAUUAGAAACAACCUAAAUACCUCACAAAGGCACUGCUGUCGAAGGGUCAAAACGCGCGUUUUCCCUUGCUUAAUGUGCACUUCAAUGCCAUCGUCAAGGGUCUUCAUUUCUUUUUUGCUGCUUUUAGUCCUUUGUGAGGUGACUUUGGAACAAGCUACGCAAGGCCCUCUACUCAAAAUUUGUACUACAACUUGGUUUGACAGCAGUUCAACAAAUAUACCUCCUCCUCUUGCCGAAGAAGAUGAGAAUGUCAUCAAUGAUCUGCUUGGUUGUUCUAAGGGAAUAUUACCUCCAAGUUGUUUUAUUGGAUUUUCAAAUGCCGUCACUUGCAAUUGUUAUCAUGAGAAUCAGAAAAGAUGUCGAGUGGAGCACAU